GUUUUGCACAGAGUCGCCGGCUUACUCUAGCCAAAGCCCUUCAUCCUCACAAAAGGUCGUGGACGACCUGGCUUUCCCAGGAUAUGGCUCGAUACAGAACGAGAUCGACCAUAUCUUUGUUUCCGAAGCGCUUCAAAUCUGGCAUCAAGGAGAUAAAAUAGUAUCGAAACCGAAUUCUGUGCGGAGCUACUUGAUUUUAUCAUGGCUGCUGUUACUAGCCAAGCGUUUCUGUUUGGUACACUGCUUGUGUAAAGCACUAAAUUUCUGGAUGGACUUUAAAUUACUUUGCAUGUCAGAAAUUUACCACGAUCAAAAUGACAGACAAGGCUCCAGAAUAUCUGUCAGCAGAAGAACUCAGAAAUCGACUCUACUACAGUCUCCGUAACCGCGGGCUUGUCAAUUCGAUCAAAAGUCAGCUGCGGACUAACUUAAUCACUGAGCUUCAACAGUCUGUGCGUGGACCACUUACAGUACGUGACCUUGAUCCUCCAGAACAAGAACCUUUGCUUCUUCGAGCUGCCAAUAGUCUUGUGGCUGAUCAUCUCCUUCGAGGAAAAUAUGAAUACACACUCGGGGUCUUCCUGCCAGAAAGUGGGCUUGCUCAGGAUAAGAUUUUUCAGCCUCAAGAUUUGCUGAGACUUCUUCACAUUAGUCCACAGUCACGCCUAUACCAGUUGAUUUUUCCUUAUCUUUCAAUACAGUGUGCAAAAGCAGAAAAGCAGAAAGAAAAAGGUCUUUUAUGGCAGAUAAUAUCAGAACUUGCUGCCAUUCAUUCAAAUGGUGUUCAAGACUGUGGAAUCCAGGCUGAUCUUACAAGACUAGGACCAGUGGCAUCAUUAGAUGAAAAACUAAAAUCUCUUGAGGAACUCUACUCUUCAAAGAGAGAGGAUCUGAGCCAUAGCAGCAGAACUGCAGUUGAGGAGAGGAUAUUGACCUAUCAGCGGCAGCUAGAGGAUAGGUACAACUCUCAGUUGAAAUUAGAGAUUGCACGUUUACGGGACUCAGAGAUUGCUCGAAUGCGGCUGGAAGAAAAAGAGAAAUGUACAAAAGAGAAUGAGAAAAUCAAGAAAGAGCUUCAGAGAACAUAUCAGGACAAAUACGACGCACUAGUCGAAAGGGAGCGUAAUGCAAUUGAGCGAUUGCAUAAGGAACAGGAGCUUCAAGAGAAAGAGGUGUACUCACAACGCCAGAUGCUGCUGUCAGAGAUUGAAUCCAUUCGACAGCGUGAAUCCGAAAUAAAGCGUGAAGCUGAGGUUAAUAAGAGAGAGAAACUGUUAGCAGAAGAACGUGUCAAGGCAAAGGAAGACGAGCUUAGGCGAAGAGAGUUGGAAUUACGCCACAAAGAGAUGCAGUUUGAUCAGCGGCUGCACAAUGAGAUGGCCCAGUUUAAGCUAGACCAGCAGACCAAGUUCAUUGACAGAGUGCAAAAUUUAGAAGUUAGGGAGGCAAAACUCAAAGAAGAGGAACGUAUAUUGGCUGAAGAAAAAACAAAAAUCCAGACCUUGAAAGAUGAGCUGCGAGACAAAACUCACCGCAUCAACAAUUUGGAGAGUGCACUUCAAGAAGCAAGACAUUCAGAGGUGACUGCCACCAGACAGAAUGAGUUCAUCAACUCCAAACUCAGAGAUAUGGCAGAUUACAAGGCAAUCAAAGAACAAAAUAUUCAGCUGAGAAAUGAAGUAGAAACAUUAAGAACACGGUUAUCCGAAGUAUUGUCAAUGAAUGAAAGAGAGAGAGGACGUCAAGAGGAACUCCUGAGGGAGCUGAGACGUCCAUCUCCAGAGACACUGAUGAUGCAGCGUGACCUUGAGAGGGCAAAGGAAAAUCUCAGACAGGAGCAGGUAGUUUUUGAACAGCAAAAGCAGCUUCUUGAGUCUCGACUAAAGGAUGAGCUGGACCGUAACAGAGAACUAGUGCAGAGACUAGAAGAACAGAUGCUGCAGAUGAAGGAGAUGAACAGGGAAGUUGUGGACCUUAGGAAGCAGCUGCUAUUUACUCAGACAGCACUUCACCAGGAAGUGUAUGGAAAACCAAAAGAAGUUCAAGAAACUCAGGAGUUGCCCUUGGCACCAGGUAGUUCCAGGUCUCGGGUGAAUGCGUCUCAUCACCCAGCUGCUGAAGCUUCUAAUCGUCAAAGUCCACAUCAGCCUGGAAGAUCAGUUACCCCAGACCUUGAUCCUUGUGGAAGGCUUGGGCCUAUAACUUACUUGGGGGACAAAGAUGUUUACAAUCAGGUUGAUUCUGAUCUUGACCUAAUUCCAAGUUUCCGACAAAGAUAUCUGUCGGAAUUCUCAGAUGAUUGUUCGUCUACAGCAUCCGCUGAUGUUUUGGCUGAGGCAAGAUAUAGGCUCCAAGGGCUAGAAAAGGAGGCACAGAAUUUGGAGCGAGCAUACCAAGACUUUCACUGCCACAUGACCAAUGUCAGCACAUUGCCCUUUAAUCUACCAUCUGUCUCUACAUCUGAUGCCUUGACUAAUGCUGGCCCGCUUGGCACAGUUGUGCAGACAGACCAUGACCACGUGGACACAAAAUCACCUUGUCAAAGUCCUAUUCCUCAUGAUCAUCCAAAGUCAUCCACACCUUAUAGGAGCAGACCUCUGCGUCAUCAUGAUGACAGCUUUAAAGAAUUCAGUGGCGGUAAAGGAGACAAUGCAAAAAGAACUAUGCCCCACUUUGACCUGUCCAACAUGUCAGAUGAAGAAAUAGAGAAAAAGGAGAUAAACCUUGAGUCACGGCAUGUAAAGUCCCGCCCCAUUACAGUUGAUGACUUGGAAGCCAGACCUGGGUCGCCAAGCAUGUUGUAUGUUGCCAGUUCAGAAUCAGAUGAUGCAUUGAAGGGAACACCCCAUAAGACAGCAGCAUCUCCAGUGACAGCUCCAUCAACUGUUUUGCAUCAAAUUUCUCUUGAUGAUGCCUGGAAACAGACUCCAUCUUCUCUUGAUGAUGCCUGGAGAAGAAAAGAUAUUACAAGAGAAGAGAAAAAUGUAAUUGAAAAGAACAUGGGAGAUGAGGAACAAAAGAGAGAAGAAGUGAAAGAAGAGAAGAUAGAGCAAAAUGGUGAGGAAGAGGAGGCCAAGAAAAAUGCUGGGGGUGAGAGUGAUAAUGCUGGAAUUGACCCAGUCAUGUUGCAGUACAUGGCCAAGGUCAAGGCUAUGAAAGAAAAAGAACAAGAGGAAAAGAUUCCAUCCUUAUCAGAGGAGAUCUCAGUGGUGGAUGAUUUAAAGAGUGAACAUGAUAUUGAAGAUGCUGAUGACUGGUGAAAUAUCAAACAGCUACCUCUAGUUUGACACUGUGAUAACUUGCUAUUUCUCAGAGACUUGGUUGUCAUAAACACUGAACUGUAUUAGUAGAAUUUAUACCGAACAAAUAGCCAUUAUUGAGUUCUUUUGCCAUGAUCCAAAGGUCAGUUGUAUGAUCCUGUCAUUUACACAUGCUAAUUUCAUUUCCCAGCAUAAAAUCGGGGCUUUUACACAUGUAUCUUAAAUGCAUUUUAGUGAUGUUUUUGGAUAUUUUGCAAUAUUUUGAAGACAAAAACAGUACAAAAGUUUCUUUGUCAAAUCUC